UAAGCAUCUAAUGGGAGGAGUGUUUACAAAAUAUAAAUAAAUGUUUUACUCGUUGAACUUUUGCUAAAAUAUAUAAUUCUUGAAGUGCCCUUGUGCAACAAAAGUCUAUUUUAUAAAAUUAGUAAGGGAGAUAAAUUUGUUAACAAACGUCGUACACCCACUGAAUAGUUACAAUAAAACAUGGGCUUGUCUCGUUGCUACUCAUUGAUGAAGUGUUUGCUGAUAAUAUUUAAUAUAAUAUUCCUUCUGGUAGGUGUGGGUGCGUGCGUGUUCUCCGGCUGGGCGCUUUGGGACGGGCGCGGCUCGGAGACCAGUGCGGGCAGGGCGGGGCUCUGCGCGCUGGUCGCCUGGGCCGCCGUCCUCACGCUGGGAGCCCUGGCUGCGCUGGCAGGUGCCAUUCGUGGUUCGGCGUCCCUGUUGGCGGGGGCCUUCGCACUUCUGGCAUUGAGCGCGCUAGCCGAAGGUGGCGCGGCGUGGUGGGGCGCAGCUCACUCCGCACACCUCACACAGAUGUUGCGAGACCGCCUGAGACACACGCUGACACACGACUACGGCGUCCUGCCCGCGAGGACACAGAUGUUGGACGCCAUACAGCACGGGCUGCAGUGUUGCGGUGCGGAGAGCACACGGGACUGGCAACACGCGGCUUGGGGUGGAGGCUUGGAGCGCGAUCGGUCGGGCGAGACCAUCGACCUGAGCGUGCGCGCGCCAGCCGCUUACUACUGGGUUCCUCGCUCGUGUUGUUCUACCGCCGACCCCGAGGAGUGCGAGUCGGCGCGGCGUGUGGUGACGGCCUCGGGCGGGGGCGCGGGCCUGCACGGAGUGCCGUGCGGCGCGCGCGUGUUGGACGCCCUGAGCACGGCCGCUCGGGCCCCGCUGGCGGCGGCCGGCGCGCUGCUCGCCGCUCACGCCGCCGCAUUGCUGCUAGCUCUGGCGCUGUGCCUCCGAGCUCAUCCCGACACGCGGUAUACCAAAAAACAAACUCUCAGAUGGACUAAGUCUACGCACGAGACUAAUCCUCACUUUAUACCUAUCUCAGCUGAUAAGGAAUCAUAUCUUUUCAGAUACAAGGCCUAAGCGUCGUCUCCCUGCAGCGCCCCUGACCCUCGGUCCGGACGCCCCACUGUCCACACCAGUCCCGUGUCCGAGCCGCUUCACUGCCGUACUUCACGUGUAAGCUCUCUACAAACUGACGUGUUCAAUGUUAUCAUACAAACCAAGCUCGUCGCCGUCUCGGGCGUCCUCCGCUAGAGGCGCUGGAGUCACGCAGCCACUCUUGUCAGCGACUUGCAUUUAUUUGGAGUUCGUUGGUAUAUCUUUAUUUGUUCCUAUUUUUUAUUUAAUUUAAUAAUACUCGCGCCGGUCCGCCGGCCCGCCUGUCGUUGCAGUAUUUAUGACGUACAAAAUGUUAAGCUGCCUUAAUAUAUUGUAUAAUGUAUAAGGAGCCGGACUGAUCCAUUUGGAACUGAUUUAUUAUGAGUCGCUUAGUAAUGUUUACCAAAUAUUAUUUAUAUGUAAGGAGGUUAUCGUCUCGUAUAUGUUUAUGUGAACUGUACUUACCGACUGUUAUAUUUUAACUGUUUACAAAUUAUUAUUUUUAUUAAGUAGGUUUUAGACAUUAGCUUAUUAUGGAUGUGUGCUUAGUUUGUUUAACUUGAUGUGAAUCAACAACACGCCCUGCUGGAGUGUAGUGGAGGUAGCUAGUUAGUGAACACUGUACAUGGACCCCCCUCCGACUCAUCUCAUGGAGAGCUUGACUUGAGUCUUCCGCUUGUACUGGUUGCUCUUGUUUGCUGUAGAUACUAUUGAUGCACCUUACUGACUGCCUUAAUCGGUGUCAUAACUUGUCAUUGUUGUGUUAUCUUUCAAGUUGUAAUAUUCUAUCUUCUCUAUCUUCAUCAGCUCUUAGUUCUUCAAUGUCCAAUGAUCAAUAUUCCUAAUGUCAGAGCACCAUCAGUUUAAACAUCAUUUCUAACUCACAAUGACACACUGAUAUUGUUGUAUUAUUUUUCUAUUGUUAGUGAAAACUUAAACAAAUAUUGCUUGAAUUUUCCUCGCUACCUGUUCACUUCCACACCUUCGGUUGGUCGGCCUCAAAUGUAUAGGAGUUAAGACCAUCCAUUGUGUAUGUCUGUCCGUGUACACAUCACUGUUUGUAUGGUGUGUUGUUCCAUAAAGUGUCAUAAUCCUCUAGCACGUGUUCUUUCAGUACAGAGAACUGUCAGGUGUCUAGAAUGUUAUGGAGCUAAACAUUGUCUGGGCCCAGAAAAGUAUCUUUUAGUGUUGAAUGUAUUGAACUACCUUUGAGUACAAAAUAUAGGCUUGUGUUCAUUAAAAUAGUAAUAUAUUAUGUUAUGUAUAGUCAGUGUAGUAUACUAGAGUCUCUCUGGCGGCGAGGAUCAGCACUGUGCCUAGUCCCAGCGGACAUCGCCACACUUCAUACGGAGCGUUUUUCAUUAAUAAAAGUUGUCACGUCGCGCUAACAAGACACGGGAAGCGCUCGUCCAGGAGUGUGUCGCUCAAACUGGGACGCGGAAUACUGUUGGUUUGCUUAAUUUUAUUAUUUAACAGAUAUUUAGUUGUAAGGAGCGCGCUGCGGCCAUCGACUCUCGCCCGUUAUACAUAUGUAUAACACGUGACAGAUAGUGAGUAGGUCAAAGGGAGGUUAGCCCCAGCCAAUUUUAUUUUUGUUAUUGUGACUAUAUUAUCAAGAGAGAUACAACGAAAACUACAGAAAAUAAUCCACACUAUCUUUUGUCGUAUUAGAACAUUGAACUUCAAUUUGUGGUCAAAUUUUGGUAUCUCUUUAAAGCGUCGGGUAGCUCCGGCCACCCACGUAAUUAGUGGCCAAAUCGUUCUUUAGACACACACGUCACAGUGGUAGUACAGAUGCGUUGGAUUCAUUUAUAUAAACACGCCUCGUGAGCCCCCACUGGACAUGGCUUGCGUUAGACCUAGUCCUCAUCGAACGUUUCACCACACAUUAUGCACUCUGUUUCCUUAUUUUCCGGCUCAGAUGCAAGCUUCUUCGCUUUCACCUGCACUUUAAAAUAUAUCAUUAGGAUCUUUGCCUUUUUCAAAAUUUCGCUUCUUUGUGUUCUUUUUCUCCUAGCUGUUAAUCGUUUCUUAGAGGCAUCUGGAAGAAAGGACAAAAUAGGUAGAGAUAUCUAAUCUUACAGCUUUCGUAAAAAACUAUAUUUUUACCUUUCGCUGACAAAACUCUUCUAUUUUUGUGAACCGUCGAUAUUCCUGCCUGUCUCGUCAGCAUUAUAAAUUUGAAAGGCUUGAAAAUUGAAUUUGAAGUUUGAAUACAGUUUUUGAAUUAAAAAUUUACUCGAUCAGAAAUUUACCCGAACGCAGCAGUCAAUCGACUUAGACUGUUCGCGUUUGACGAAUUACUUUUAAACGCACACAGAGAUCACACGAAAUUCAAGUUCACGCCGCGCGAAGUACCUACUGUGGCCGGGGCUAGCCGCCGGCCGGGGCUACCCCCUUUCCCCUCUCUUAUCGCUACUAAUUAUGAAUAUAUACAAUACCUAAGAGCCGACAAGUCUUGAGUGUUAUUUCGUGUUUGUAUUUGAUAUACGAGUAUUCGCCGUGUACUCUACGUAUUAAUAUUGGAUGUCUGCUGCCUGGAGACUGUUACCUCAUGUGAGCCGGUCGAGGACCGUGGCCGCGAGCGAGCCAGUGCCAUGACUAGAACAUAAUAAUUAAUAAAUGUAUCAAUAAAA